GCUGGGUGUUGAGUUUCUGAAACCAUGCCCUGCUGGUUAUUAGAAAACUCUUUGGCAUUUUAAACUCCCAUCUCCUUCUUGACAUUGAAAUUUAAUAUCAUGGAAUUGACACCAAAUGAUGAUGUCAGGCCUUUGGGUUGUCACACCAUCUGUUGGCAGCCUGGCUUUGGAGCUUCUCCCAGUUGAAUUUUGCUGCCUUAAAGCAGAAGCAAAGGAGUAGUGCAUUUGUUAAGAAGAAGCUGCUUGAAUCUUUUAGUGGACCUGCUUUCAGCAAACUUGUUUUUUAGCAAUGGAAGAGUUAAUAGUUGAACUUCGUCUCUUUCUUGAACUCCUGGACCAUGAAUAUCUAACUUCAACUGUCAGGGAGAAAAAGGCAGUGAUAACCAACAUUCUGUUGAGGAUACAGUCAUCCAAAGGUUUGGAUGUGAAGGACCAUGCUCAGAAGCAGGAGACCGCUAACAGCCUGCCGGCCCCUCCUCAGAUGCCCCUGCCGGAGAUCCCUCAGCCCUGGCUGCCUCCUGACAGUGGACCUCCACCAUUGCCAACGUCCUCCCUCCCAGAAGGUUAUUAUGAGGAAGCUGUGCCGCUGAGCCCCGGAAAAGCUCCAGAAUACAUCACAUCAAAUUAUGAUUCUGAUGCGAUGAGCAGCUCUUAUGAGUCGUAUGAUGAAGAGGAGGAGGACGGGAAGGGGAAGAAAACCCGGCACCAGUGGCCCUCCGAGGAGGCCUCCAUGGACCUGGUCAAGGACGCCAAAAUCUGUGCCUUCCUGCUGCGGAAGAAGCGGUUCGGCCAGUGGACCAAGUUGCUCUGCGUCAUCAAAGACACCAAACUGCUGUGCUAUAAAAGUUCCAAGGACCAGCAGCCUCAGAUGGAACUGCCACUCCAAGGCUGUAACAUUACGUACAUCCCGAAAGACAGCAAAAAGAAGAAGCAUGAGCUGAAGAUUACUCAGCAGGGCACGGACCCGCUUGUUCUUGCCGUCCAGAGCAAGGAGCAGGCCGAGCAGUGGCUGAAGGUGAUCAAAGAAGCCUAUAGUGGUUGUAGUGGCCCCGUGGAUUCAGAGUGUCCUCCUCCACCAAGCUCCCCGGUGCACAAGGCAGAACUAGAGAAGAAACUGUCUUCAGAGAGACCCAGCUCAGACGGGGAGGGCGUUGUGGAAAAUGGAAUUACCACAUGUAAUGGAAAGGAGCAAGUGAAGAGGAAGAAAAGUUCCAAAUCAGAGGCCAAAGGCACCGUGCCGAAAGUCACCGGGAAAAAAAUCACCAAGAUCAUCAGCCUGGGAAAGAAAAAGCCGUCCACAGACGAGCAGACCUCCUCAGCUGAGGAAGAUGUUCCCACCUGUGGCUAUCUGAACGUGCUCUCCAACAGCCGCUGGCGGGAGCGCUGGUGCCGAGUGAAAGAUAACAAGCUCAUUUUCCACAAGGACAGGACCGACCUGAAGACCCAUAUUGUGUCUAUUCCGCUCCGUGGCUGCGAGGUGAUCCCGGGUUUGGAUUCUAAACAUCCUCUGACGUUCCGGCUGCUGCGCAAUGGCCAGGAGGUUGCAGUAUUGGAGGCAUCUUCUUCUGAAGAUAUGGGCAGGUGGAUUGGGAUUUUACUCGCAGAGACGGGAUCAUCCACAGACCCGGAGGCUCUGCACUAUGACUACAUCGAUGUGGAGAUGUCUGCAAGUGUCAUUCAGACAGCCAAACAGACCUUCUGUUUCAUGAACAGGCGUGUUAUAUCUGCUAACCCAUAUCUAGGGGGCACCUCCAACGGCUAUGCCCACCCCAGCGGGACAGCGCUUCAUUACGACGAUGUCCCGUGCAUCAACGGCUCGUGGGAACCAGAAGACAGCUUUCCUGCUUCCUGCAGCAGAGGCUUGGGAGAAGAGGUGCUUUAUGAUAACGCAGGCCUGUACGAUAACUUGCCGCCUCCGCACAUCUUUGCCCGCUACUCUUCUGCUGACAGAAAGGCCUCUAGGCUGUCUGCUGACAAGCUGUCCUCUAACCAUUACAAAUACCCUGCCUCCGCUCAGUCUGUCACUAAUACCUCUUCUGUGGGGAGGGCGUCUCUCGGGCUCAACUCGCAGCUCAAGGGUAAAAAGCCCCCUAUGGCGUCUAAUGGGGUCACAGGAAAAGGGAAGACUCUGAGCAGUCAGCCAAAAAAAGCAGAUCCCGCGGCUGGUGUGAAAAGGACGGGUUCGAAUGCUGCCCAGUACAAGUAUGGCAAGAACCGGGUAGAAGCAGAUGCCAAGCGGCUACAGACCAAAGAAGAGGAGCUGCUGAAGAGGAAAGAGGCCCUGCGGAAUAGGCUGGCCCAGCUCCGCAAGGAAAGAAAAGACCUUCGAGCGGCCAUUGAAGUGAACGCCGGCAGGAAGCCGCAGGCGAUCCUGGAGGAGAAGCUGAAGCAGCUGGAGGAGGAGUGCCGGCAGAAGGAGGCAGAGCGAGUCAGCCUGGAGCUGGAGCUGACAGAGGUCAAGGAGAGCCUGAAGAAAGCACUGGCGGGUGGAGUCACCCUGGGGCUGGCCAUCGAGCCCAAGUCAGGAACAUCGAGUCCACAGUCUCCAGUGUUCAGGCACCAGACCCUGGAAAACUCGCCCAUCUCCAGCUGUGACACCAGUGACACUGAGGGCCCCGUGCCGGUGAACAGCGCGGCCGUCUUGAAGAAGAGCCAGGCGGCCCCGGGCAGCUCCCCCUGCCGAGGGCACGUGCUGCGGAAGGCCAAGGAAUGGGAAUUGAAGAACGGGACAUAGGGGACAGCAGCACCACUCCAGCCUCAGAGACUGCACACCCUCUUGCCCGUGUCCUCAUCUGUGUGACGGCAGGAAGCUCUGCCCAGAGUGGCCUCAGCUGCGUGACUCCAGAGGCUCCACGACUGAGCUCUGAGGCCAGUGCCUCUCACCCAGGCCCACUUGUAUUCUUUCUCCUGUAUGCUGGCGCCUUUAAAAAAGAUGUACUUGUAAGACUUUGGUUCCCAACUUUGUUAAAAAACAAAAAAAGUGAUGGAAAGGUGUUUGAAAGGAUGCUGUCAGGCAAAGUGACAUCUUUCUAACCAGUUAAGCCAUUGUUUUCACCGAUUCCAGCCCAGACCUGGACUGAGGAUGGAUGGUUCCAUGAAAACUUGGAUUCGACGGGGAAGAGCUUGGAUCCCCAGCUGCCCCGGGCAUGUGUGUGGCUGGCACGUGGGCACUGGGCUCGCCUUGCAUGCCCACCAGGAGGGCCAGGGGCUUACACAGUCCUGACGUGGACUUUGUGUCUCGGUGUACCCUCUCCACAUGCCCGUUCCCCUCGUCAUCAGAGGUAAAGGCAUGAGAAAAUCGCGCUGUGAAACGUUUUUUUACCUUUUAUUAUUAUUUUUUGGACAGAUGCUUUUGUCACCAAGACAUGAAAAGCUGCCAUUCUUCUUAACCUGUUUUUCAAGAAUGUCUUUUUUAUUGUUUGUCACACUUAGAUCUAAGGAUUUUUCAGAGGUUCCUUAUUUUAUUAAUUAUUUGUGCUGCUUUUGACAGGUAGCAGAGGGUUUUAAUACUUCACUAACAGUAUGCCCUCCUCCCCCUUGGGCUGGCAUCCCCAGCCCUUAAUCCACGUCGGAGCCGGCAGGUGCUCCUCACACCAGGAGCCUCUGGGGGCAGGGGCAGGCUCUUCGCUGCUGUACGGGACGUUUACUGCUGCAUGGGGCCAGGGCAGUUCUUUGAAAGGGAAGCAAGUUCCGGAACUUGUUCCCUUAUAGAACUAUAACACCUUAGAGCAAGAGGCAGGAAUUCCAGGGACUUGUUCCCUCAUGGAACUAUAACAUCUUAGAGCAAAAGGCAGGAAUUCCAGGGCCUCCUCCCCUUCCCCCUCCCCUUCCUCUAGCUUGUCAAGUUAAACCACUAAUGUGUUGGUGGGCCUGGCCGUGCUGCCUCUCCUGAGUGGGGUGGGUGCAGGUAGGGCCUCUUUCCCAGCUUUCUUGCCUUCUGUGCAAUAUUUCUUGGAGAAUUCGGAUGCCUAAGGCAUAAAGGAAAAAAGCAGAGUUCAUAGUUUGAGCUGGUAUCUACCCCCUGGGUUUAAAAAUCAGAUUAACUUCUUGGUUUCCCAGAGGCCACUGUCAGGAAUUCUCCAGUAUGGGAAGAUGCAGUCACUGAUGACGAAAUAAGUCACCCCUGAACGCCUCUGCAGAUUCAUGGAGACCAGUCCCAGCAGCGACCGCCCCUUCCCCGAGCAUAGAAUACAGUGGUGUCACACUUGGUGCAAGCCUUCUGUCCACCAUCCAGAAUGUCCUUUAUCACACAGAGGAAGAGAUGGCGGGAAAACACUGACUCCUUGGGUUUCCCCCAGACAUACUUUCAGAGCGCCAGCCGUUUGGUGCACGGGACUUUACAGUUAGGAUUCAUGUUUAAGGUGGUGGCGCUUGAGGCCUGCAAGGGCCACGUUGGAUUACUCAAGCGGGAGAGUGGUCUCCUGUGUAUAAGAAAGUUUUACAACAUGAAUUGGAAGCUGCUUGAGUCCACCUGAACUUGAAUUGAUUGCAAAGCUAUCUGCCGGGAACGGUUUUGGGUUCCUGAGCCGUCAGCUGGCCUUCCCCCUCUGAUGCACGUUCCUCCCGGCCCAGUCCGUGGAGGCCCAUCACGCCAGCAUCCGUGACGCCAGCUUCCCACUAGGACAUCCAGGCAGGUCGGGCGGGGAUGCCACACGCCUCAGGGCCGUCCGCUGCGUUGCCAUAGAGGAGCCCUCCCUCCAGUGGUCACUUCCCACCAUUGCAGGCAGCUGGGGCCACUUCAUAUCACACAAAAUGAAUUUUCUAUAAAGGGAAAAGUUUGCUCCUCCAUAGAUUUUUGCUGCCUUUGGGUCAAAUAGUUUCCCCAGUUGAGGCUCUUGGGCCACUCUGAUUGGCAGCCUGCUUUGCCAAAGAGAACUGUGCGAGGUUUUGGUGGUUAGUAAGAGAAGGGGUAGAUGGCCAGCCUGAAGUCACGGUCCUGGCCCAGCACAGGUGGGCAGCAGCGAGCUGGCAGGUAGAGUGUGAGCAGCACGCAGAGUGUCACAUGGGCCUUAGCCGUCACCCACCAACUUCCUCACCAGGCAAGGAGGCCCCGGAGCCUUAGCAGGGACUUGCCCGAGGGACAGCUGAUUGGUGCUCGACUCCCAGCAUGCAUAUUUUGUUUUAAAAACCCAGGUUUGUAAUUCACAUCCACAACCCUAAGCCUUUUAAAGAGGUGGCAAACUUUUAACGAAUCCCAUCCUGGUCCAUGGAGCCUUUCAAAAUGGGUGCCCUGGAGGGGCCUGACAUCAGAUGCCUUCGAUGGCAGAUACUCCCUUGAAAUUUCACAUUUCAUCAGAAAGUUUAAAGCAUUUACUUCAGAAUAAGUUAUUUAUUUGUAUAUGUUCAAUAAAUAUAGUUUUUAAUUUAUAUCUGUACAUAUUAGACACACACGAGCCAUCUUGCCAGAAUUCUGACAGUGAUGUCAUUUUAUUCCCCUCCCGAGACAUGCCCCAGGAACAAGCACUCCUUGCCUCUGUGGCAGCUGCGAGUGUGUCCGAUUUCAUAACGAAGCCAGGCUGGGGGCAAGAGGCCCGACAGGCAGGCCAGGGUCCCCGGAGAAGCCAGGAUGAGGGGUGCAGAGGCCCGACAGGCAGGUUAGGGUCCCCAGAGAAGCCAGGAUGAGGGGUGCAGAGGCCUGACAGGCAGGUUAGGGUCCUCAGAGAAGCCAGGAUGAGGGGUGCAGAGGCCCGACAGGCAGGUUAGGGUCCUCAGAGAAGCCAGGAUGAGGGGUGCAGAGGCCCCACAGGCAGGCCAGGGUCCCCGGAGAAGCCGGAUUUCUUUGCAGUGUCACUGGUACUUAGCAGAUCAUCGUGUUCACAGGGGUCUGGCCACCUGUGCUAGGGUGCCGACCGCAUUGCGAGGAAUGUGGUGGCCACACGAUGGAGCUGGCUGGAGGACAGGCCAGGUGAGGGGGCCGACCCCUGCAGGGCUCAGGGCUCCUUCCAUUCUAACCUUGAGCCACAUCACUCUUCAGGGCUCUGCUCCUGGCUCUAUUUUGUUAAGGUGUCAUCAGCCUUCAACCUCCAUUUAUAUAUUUUUAUAAUGUUAAGCCAUUGACCAACUUUUUUCAUAGAAACAACUAUCAGAUUAGAGGGCUCGCCUUGGUCCCCCUCACCUGGGCGCAGGCAUGGGCCAUGGCUGCCUCUUCCCAGAAUGUGGGGGGAACUGGGGCAAGGCCCAUCUGUCUGCAGGGCCGGUAGCUCCCUCCCUCAGCUUCCAGAGUCUGUGGCAAUUGCAGGGUAACCAGUAUGGGUCUGCUGAGUCGCCCCAGGCGCCAGACUCGCCCCAGGAGCACAGGCCACUGUCCAUGCGGGCUUCCUUGAGACCUUCCCUUGGGGCUGGCGGGCGGUGGUUUACCAGCUGGGUCAGUCCCGUCUCGCCCCUCUGUGCCUGUACCCUGGCAUGGCCAGGCUUAACCUUCCCCUGUAUCUUACUCGUCCCAGAGCUAUUACUGGCCAUUUCUAAAUAGACAAAAACUACCCUAAAAGGUGGAGAUUUACUCCUUUUGAAAAGUCUGUUUCGAAAAGUGUGUCCUCGGCUCUGGAGGCCACCCCCAGGAAGGAGUUUGAGGUUCAUUGUCAUUAUGGCUUGUGCACGGGACUCAAAGGGCAGCGUUGAAGGUAGGGUUAGGUGUAGGGUUGUGGGCAAAGCUCCCUUAGUUUGUGGCCACACCUUACCUUUCCAAAAAGGCUGUUAAUUCUACUCACCCACUAUUUGGGGGGAUGUAAAUUUUGCCCACAGACUUUGCUACCCAGGUGAGGUGCUCUGUUCAUGCACGGAACUCAUGUCAUUAGACACCGUCCAAGGAUGGGCAGCCUGCAGUGUGGCCGGCAACUGCCAUCCAGAGAAAAGGCACCUCGUGCCGCAGGGCGGGGCCGACACCCUGAGCUCACAGGUGGCCCCUGCAUUCAGGUGGAUGUCCAGCCUUGAAACAGCCUCUUCUGGGAGCACAGCACUGGAGGUCUCCAGGCAUCAGGGUUGGCCGGCAGGGUGCCCUGCAGCUUACAUAAAGGUCGUGGCAAUAUUUAAAUGUUAAACUAUUGCCUGCCUCUUACUUUUCCUAAAAUAAUUUUCUAAUGGGAACAGUAACUUCAAGUUCAUGACAUAGUUUGAAGGAGGAUAAUUCAUUUUUUCCUGGUUGUCACUGUCUUAUCCCCAUGAUGGGCUGGGUUCAUACUGUGAAGUAAACUAAAAUGAAACCAAAACGUUCCUGCCGUAAACACGUGGCACAGCGCUGCAGAAAAAGCAAAGCCACCUCUAUUCGUGAGUCUCCAAGCCAUAGCAGGGCGUCUGUAAAAGAAGGGAAACUGCAUCUAGGAAGUGGUGGGCGUCAGACGCAUCCUUUCGCCCGUAGUUCAUGAAAUAGUUCCGGCUUUGGUCUUCCAGAAAAUCUCAACUUCACCGUGCACAAGUAUUACCGGGUCUUUUUAGUGUAGCCGUGGAAGAUACUUUCAAAAGGAGAUCUUCAGAUCAUAAUUCUUAGGGACCAAAGAUGUUUUUAAUGAGAUAAUCUUUUUGAUUUUCUAACAAGAAAGGAAAUAUUCACUUUAAAUUUUAACAUCAACUUUUAAAUGAUAUUCAGAAUUAAUUGACCAUGGCGAUACGUUGUAAAAUGUUUUCAUAUUAAGAAUGUAAUUAUUUCCUUAUUGUAUUUUUUAAAAGCUUAAAGUCAUAUUUAAAAUUCUCUUUGAAAGAAACAGGCAAAGAAACAGCAAAGAUUUUUUUAAAUUAAAUAUGUUGGUAGUGCCCAUUUUAAAUGACUGUAAAUAUAUUUUCACUGUUUCUCAAUGUAUUUAAUUCAUAAAGUAAAAAUUUUAUGAAAAGAAACUUGCAAGGAAAAUCCUAGUUUUCAGUCCACUCGCCCCACUUUGUAGUAGCUUCACUGAAUUUCCUGCUUUCCUGGUUGAAUUUUCUACUGUUUCACGUGGUGUAACCCUAGACUGGCGCCCUUGGCGUGCCCCUUUGUGUAUGAAUAAACUUCUCUCCUCCA